CUGACCCAACGUUGGUUCGAGCAUGCUCUGGGAAGCCUACGUCGUCGCCGCCGAGCUCGUGCUGAGCCUCGUGGGCUGCGUCUGGGCCAUUCGACAGACGUCGCCUGGGAUCGAGUACACACAGCUGCGCCUCACGCCUCGGCCGCGGUCGGGCCGGCUUCGAUGCGCGUUCCAAGCGGCUUGUUUCGUCUUCUUCGUGAGCGUCCUCGUGGCCGAGCUCGUAAAGACGCAUGGCCACGGCCUUGCCUUCUACACAUGCUGGAACUUUAUCCUGCAGAUCGUCUACUGGGCGUGGGCCCUCCUUGACGCGCGUGGCGUGAGUCGCGGCCGGCGCGUCCUUCUCGAUGUGGUCUUUCCAGCGAGCCUCCUUGUCAUGGUCGUCGUUUGGGUCAUUUUGUACCCGAUGGCCAAGGCGGCGCACGCGACCGACCAACUUCUCAAUUGGACGAGCUACGUGCAGCAUGGUAUCAACGUUCCGUUGCUCGGCCUCGAGUUUUACUUCGUGUGCGCCGACAGCAUACCGAUGGGCAUGGGCGGCCUCCCGCUCCUCGUGCUCUGGGGCACGAUCUAUGGCGUCGCCGCAUGGAUCAUCCACGAAGUCACGAGCUUUUGGCCGUACCCGUUCAUGAAGCUCGAGUCACCGUACGCACCGCUGUGGUAUCUCUUGGUUUGUGUGCUCCAUAUUGCUUUCUUUGGCGUCACGAAAGGCCUGAGCUGGCUCGCGUGGCGACCUUUGCACUUGAAAGCCAGCCGCGUCGGGUCACUGGAUACGAACGGCAGUGCGACCGCCCGUCUUCUUGGCGACGACACGGUCCGCGUCUAGGAUCGAUCCACUGUACCGUAGACGGCACCAUCCACUGUUUGAAUGUUUGAAUGCAGUCGAACUGAAGAGCGUACUGUACGAAUGCGUGGUUCUACAGUACAUGAUCUUCUCGAGCUACAUUUUCCCCAGA